AUGUCGCUGAAUUCGCAGAAUAAAGUCGGAUAUCUAAUCCGACACGAACACCACCAUGGCAACAGCCGUGCAUACAGUAGUGGGCAGAGCCCCAGCGUCAGUCGGACCGGCCUUCCGCCUAGCCCGUCCGCCGCAUCAACCUUGCAGUGGCAGCGGAGACUGUUCCAAGGCUCUGGAUACUCGCAUCACCGCCGCAGGGGUGAUCCUGCGGCGGGGAACGAGCAGCGGAGACCCCGAGAGACAGUGGACCGCACUCUGCAGGAACUCAAUCCUGCAUUUGCACCUGCAAGACGAGAGGAGACCUUUUCCCUCCUGCGUCCCUGUACCUGGAGGGGCAUUGUUAUGUAG